AUGGCAGGUGUAAGCAUUAUCUGUGCAUCAUCAGAGAGGAGGGAAGUAUGCUUUGCCCAAGGGCAACUGUGUCAGGUUGCACUGAGAAGGCAGCAAGCUCAGGAAGAGGAACUGGGAAUCAACUGCCCAGUGCCCUUGCCCAGUGCUCCUGAGACGUUUGUUAAGAAGAGCAGUGGUGGCAGUUCUUGUCUCCUGUUGGAAAGCAGCAGCCCUGCGCACUCGACAAGUACAGUCAUGACGGCAGCUAGCACACUGUCAGAGGGACGGAUGGUCAUUCAGGACAUCCCUUCCAUCCCCAGCAGAGGGCACUUGGAGAGCACAUCUGAUUUAGUUGUGGACUCCACCUACUACAGCAGUUUUUACCAGCCGUCCCUGUAUCCUUACUAUAACAACCUAUACAACUACUCUCAAUACCAAAUGGCAGUGGCCAGUGAGCCCUCCUCAAGUGAGAUGGGGGGUCCAAUUGUAGGGUCAGCCAUGAAAAACAGUCUUCGAAGCCUCCCAGCAACAUACUUGCCAAGCCAGUCAGGAAAACAGUGGCAGGUGAAGAGCAUGGACAGCCACCACGCCAUUGGCUCCCAGUACCACAUGUGCUCCUACUACCCACCUGCUUCCUACCUGGGACAGGGGGUCAGCGGUCCCACAUGCUUCCCACAAAUCCUGACCUCUGAGGACAUCCCUUCCUCCUCAGAGUCAAAAGCAAGAGUGUUUUCGCCACCCAGCAGCCAGGACUCCGACCUGGGGUGCCUGUCUAGCAGCGAGAGCACAAAGGGGGACCUGGAAUGCGAGCCCCGCCUGGAGCCCGGCACCUUCUCCGUGAGCCGCGUCCUAGACGGCAGCGAAUAG